ACUCAAAGUACACCAACAAGUAUGGAAAUUGUUUUUGUAAGAAAAAAAGUGAUAAAACGAAGAACCUGAUAGUGGGUAUAUUUGAUAUUCGGAAUUUUGUCUCCGGAAUUCAUUUUAAUGUGUGUUUUCUGUUAGAGACGUUGUAAGUGCUGACAAAGUAUUUGUUAAACCAAAAUGCAAGGACCACCGUUUUUGCUUUUACUCUUGUUCCUCGCAGUUUCUCCUCUUCGUGCGGAAAUUGAGGAGCGCUUCAAAGAAGAUUUUUACAAAAUCUACAAACACACCGCAAUUGAAGCCAAGGAGAUCACCAACGAGCAUAUAACCCCCGAUAAGAUUACGUAUUUUUUGUUCACGAAAAACAAUCUUGAAGAUUACGUUGAGUUGGACCCAUCAAAGCCCGAACAACUGGCCAAGAAAAAUGUCCCCAUUGUGUUCAUAAUCCACGGAUGGCUCGAAAAACGCGAGAAAGACUGGUACGAGGACCUGAAAAAUGCAUUUUUGGCCAGGAAUAAGGAAUACCAUGUCGUGCAAGUCGACUGGUCAGACCCUGCCCUCCAGUUAUACACAGUUUCGUCCUGGAACACAAAAGACGUGGGAAAAUUCAUCGGCGAAUUCAUAGUCAAGUUGCACAAAGACCAUGCUGUUCUUCUUGACAACUUCCUGGUCGUUGGCCACUCACUCGGAGGCCAGAUCGCUGGAUUCGUGGGCAAAAAAGUGCAAGAACUGACCGGAAAAAAACUUAAGCGGAUCGUGGCACUGGAUCCUGCAGGUCCUUUCUUCGUCAGCAGACCUGAAGAGGAGCGACUGAACCGAAACGACGCCGAAGUCGUCCACGUAAUCCACACGAAUGGUGGAACUUUCGGUUUUGAAAAACCGUGCGGUACCAUCGAUUUUUUCCCGAACGGGGGCAGCUCGCAACCCGGGUGCAAGAAAAUCGACAUUACGGACCCAAAAACUAUUGCUGAUCCAGUGAUUUGUGACCACCAAAGAAGCUGGGGGUACUUUAUUGAUGCUGUGAAAAGUCCUGACAACUUUAUGGCUUCAAAGUGCAGCAGUUUUGAAGAGUUCAAGUCGAGACAGUGUGACAGUGAGAAUGUUUCAAUGGGGGAUUUGAAAACUAGAGCCACAGGGGAGUUUUAUCUCGAAACAAACGAGGAGAAGCCGUUUAAGGCCAAGCAACGUAAAGACUUUACCAAAAAUGAAUUGUACGUACAACUCUGCCCGAAAAUGAAGGAAAAAAUCUGCGGCUUUGUCCUGCUCCUGACAAUAAUCGGUCUCCAAAGUGCGAAGGCGGAUAUUGAGGACCGUUUAAAAGAAGAUUUUUUCAAAAUUUACAAACACACGGCCAUUGAAGCAAAGGAGAUCACUAACGAACACGUCACCCCUGAUAAGAUAAAAUAUUUUUUAUUUACGAAAAAUCACCCCGAAAAUUACACGGAAAUUGAUCCGUCAAGUCCCGAAGAACUUGCCGAAGCUAAAGUCCCGAUAGUUUUCAUCAUCCAUGGCUGGACUGAAAACAGGGAAAGGGAGUGGUAUGAAGACCUGAAAAAUGCAUUUUUGACAAGAAGGGAAGAUUAUUACGUUGUGCAGGUCGACUGGUCGGACCCAGCUGACCAAAUUUACACCAUUUCGUCCUGGAACACCAAGGAUGUUGGCCACAUUAUCGGAGAAUUUAUCGUUGGUCUGCAUAAAAACUACUCAGUGCCUCUUGGGAACAUUCUCCUCGUUGGUCAUUCUUUGGGUGGGCAAGUUUCCGGUUUCGUCGGGAAAAAAGUGCAAGAACUAACCGGCAACAAAUUACCACGAAUUAUUGCUCUGGAUCCUGCAGGACCUCUUUUUAUCAGCCGGCCGGACGAAGAACGGCUGAAUAAAAAUGACGCGGAAGUUGUCCACGUAAUUCACACGGACGGUGGUACUUUUGGGUUCAAAUCGUCCUGUGGGACUAUUGAUUUCUUCCCGAAUGGGGGCAGCUCGCAGCCAGGGUGCACUAGGAUCGACCUACUCGACAUUAAAAGCGUGGCCGAGCCAAUAACGUGUGACCAUCACAGGAGCUGGCAGUUCUUUAUUGAAGCGGUGCUAAACCCGAACGAAUUUUUGGCCACAAGGUGCGAGAGUUAUACGAAAUUCAAGACGGGCUUGUGUGAGAAAGACGAAGUACCGAUGGGGGACUUGGAAACUAAGAAAACGGGAGACUUUUAUUUGGAGACUAAUAAGGAAAAGCCAUUCGCUAAGAGGAGACGAGGAUUGGGAGUAGGAAGUGUUUUAUCUUCCUUGAAGGUGUUUUAAGAACCUGUUUGGAUUUUUGUUUGUGUUUAAGUCAAAAUAUUGUCACAAUUUUUUAUAGUUGUAAGAAAUAAAUUAAAUAAAUAUUA